AUGCCAAUGUUUUCAGUAAAGACAAAAUAUGCUCAGCCUCAAGAUCAGCAACACCAGCAGACAAGGCAGAAAGGUUCAAGAGAUUGUCAUGAUUGGUUAACAUUACUUAUAUCAGCUCUCGUCCCAUUGAUGAUUGGUAUAUUUACUGUAGUGAUCACCAUACAACAACAAUCUUCGGCUGAUCGACAACGCCAACAAGAACAACAACAAGCUGAUAGUCUCCAGAAAGAACGAAUACUUUCUAGCUGUCUUGAUGAUAUAGCAAAACUACUGUUAACAAAAGAAGUUUCAACGGAUAACAAAACACUAUUGUACAUUCGCACGAGAACUCUUUCGUCACUACGAAAGCUUGAUCCAGAAAGAAAAUACCAUUUGUUGCUCUUUCUAUAUGAAAGUCAACUUCUUCAAUAUGAUAAAACUAAAAGACACGAUCGUUUGACAUUAAAUUUAGCAGGGGCCGAUUUGAAUUAUAUUUAUAUAACAAAACUAAAAAGUUUUAAUAAUUUAUCUCUACCCGGUGUUUAUUUGAACAAUGCAUCAUUUAUCAAUUGUCAACUACAACAUUCAAGGUUUGCAGAUUCAGCAAUGAACGAUAUUAGGUUCACCAACUCAUUUCUGCUAGAAACACGUUUCAGUCGAUGUUCAUUAGAACGAGCUGAUUUUCGUAAUACAACAUUAGCUCAAGUUAGUUUUAAGAGUGCAAUAUUAAGACAUGCUGAUUUCACGCGAGCAUGGACCAAAGGAGCUGAUUUUACAAAUGCUGAUUUAGAUGGAGCGUUGAUAACCGAACAACAGCUGCAGGAAGCUGGAUUGCUUGACAAUGCACGACUACCAAACGGUUCAUUUGCCAAGAUUCAAGAAAAAAAUUUAGUGAUAAAUGGUGAAAACUUUGGUUGUCAUACUGAAUUACCAUCCUCAUGGUCAGCGAAAGUCGAUGUUAUCAAGGCAUUUCAACAUUAUCGCUCAUCAUUAAAUUGUUAUUUUGGAAUAGCUAACUUAUCCUCUCUGGAUCCUAUAUCUAUAGCGCAAUCAAUAGCAUUGACUGACUAUUCUGUUUUAAUUGAUUCCGGAAAAGCUGAAUAUAGCUUUUCGGGUUUGUUCGGUGGUAAUGCCUAUGCUAAAAUAACAUUUUUCACUAGUACAGCAGUAAAAGCUGGUAAAAAUAUAAUGAUAGGUCUAGAUGAUCGCCAGAAUGAAACUGAAGCCAUAUUAUUUCAACAUAAACUUGGUGCAAUACCAUUGGAUACUCGACAAUUGGUUCUAAUUAUUUAUUUUGAAAAAAUUCCUGAAGGAAAGCAUGAUUUUGCUGUCUUUGACAAUGUACAGUUUUCUAUUAAAAAAAAAGACAUGAUUUAG